AUGCUCACACUAGCCAAGCCCCGUGUCGGACAGGUUCUUGCCAAAAGAUACUCUUCGCUCAACUUCGGCCGUCUGGCGCCAGGAGCCAUGAACUUCUUUCAGAAAGAACGCUUGCCAGCAAACACCAUCAUCAAGUUUGUUCCUCAACAAACGGCAUACGUGGUUGAGAGAAUGGGAAAGUUCCAUUCUAUCUUGAAACCCGGAAUUGCCAUUUUGCUCCCUGUUCUUGACAAGAUCACGUAUGUUCAGUCCUUGAAGGAAAACGCUAUUGAGAUCCCCUCUCAGAAUGCAAUCACCGCCGACAACGUUUCUUUGGAGCUUGACGGUAUACUUUACGUCAAGGUGCAUGAUCCUUAUAAGGCUUCGUAUGGUGUGGAGGACUUCAAGUUUGCCAUCAGUCAAUUGGCACAGACGACCAUGAGAUCGGAGAUUGGUUCCAUGACUUUGGACUCGGUGUUGAAGGAGAGACAGCUCUUGAACACCAACAUCAACCGUAUCAUCAACGAUGCAGCCCAGGAACAUUGGGGUGUCGAAUGUUUGCGUUAUGAGAUCAGAGACAUCCACCCACCACAAAACGUCUUGGAGGCCAUGCACAGACAAGUCAGCGCAGAGAGAUCGAAGCGUGCCGAGAUCUUGGAAUCAGAGGGUGUUCGCCAAUCCAAGAUCAAUAUUGCGGAGGGUGAGAAGCAGUCAUUGAUUUUGAAGGCAGAGGCAACAGCAAUGAGUAUUGAGAAGAUUGCCAAUUCAAUUUCGAAAACCCCUGGAGGAAAGGAUGCCAUCAACCUUCAGAUCGCUCAAGAAUACAUCAAGGAGUUUGGAAAUAUUGCCAAGGAAACCAACACCAUUGUGCUUCCGUCCAACUUGGGCGACAUGAGCAGCAUGAUGGCCGCUGGUAUGGGUAUUUUCAAGUCAAUGAACAACAGCAAGUCUGCUACUGAAGCUUCUGUGGAUGCCGAGAAGAAGUAA